AUGAGCAAGACAACCGGAUUUGCGCAGGGACAGGAUUGGGAGACGGCUGGAUGGGGAAGUCGCGCUCCUCCCCGCGGUGCUGCUAAGCAGGCGGCGCUUAACAGCGCGCGGCGAGCUGGCAACGUUAUCACCGAAGCUAAACACAAUGCUGGAACAAAUAAGGGUGCGCACAGUGCUGCUAAUGUUAACAUGCGCAAGCUGGAGGAAGACACGGAAAAUUUUAAACACGAUGCUGUUGACCGCAGCUUGUCACAGGCGUUGAUGAAGGCGCGCAUGGAGAAGAAAUUGAAUCAAAAACAGCUUGGCACUCUUAUCAAUGAGAAACCUCAAGUCAUAGCUGAUUACGAGUCAGGCCGCGCCAUUCCAAAUGGUCAGAUUAUUUCAAAGCUGAAUCGAGCACUAGGUGUACAGCUACCACGCGGCUCGAAGAAGAAAUAA